AUGGUGACUCCGGUGGAGUCUCAGCACCCUGAGUCAAUGGCCUCCUUUGCACCGACCAGACACUUUAUCCGUGUCUCACUCGCCUGUGUCCAAUGCCGAUCACGGCACCUAAAAUGUGAUGCAAAGGCGCCUCGGUGCUCUCGCUGCCAGACAGAUGGGAAACAGUGCACAUAUCUCAAGUCCCGCCGUGGUGGGCGUCGCAGGCCGACCUCUUCUCCCUCCCCCGUACCUGCAGAACUCCCCAUGCAACACUCUGCCUCUUUGCCGCCACCCCUGGACUGUGCCUCUCUUCCCGUACCAGACGAGAAUAUCUUCAAUGAUGCCUAUUGCGGAGUACCCAGGUCCAUCCCAAUGGUGACACCCACUCGCGCCACCACCACAACCAGCAGCGGCAGCAGUCCAGCUACCAACUCGGAGACGCACACGGAAGAUUUGCUCAAUAUGUACUACAAGUACUUUCACAUCUCGCACCCAUGUGUCCUCCCCCGGUGGUCCUUCCAGACACGCCUGGCUCAGGACCCCGCCACUCUGCGCCCACUGCUGCUGACAAUGCAGUACAUCGGUGCUUUGUUCACUCCCUCGGUCAAUUCCUCUGUCUUUGAGCCUGAAAUACUGCAGGCGUUUGCGGACUUGAGAGCUUCCGGCGCAAAGCCAACUGGUUACCACGUCCAGGCCUGGAUGUUGUACUCUGUGGCAGUGUAUUGGUGUAACGAGAUCGAGAGAGGGCUCAAGCUACUCGACGAAACUAUCCACAUGGCCCUCGACCUGGGUAUGCAUCUGGGUUCCUUCGCACAGCAGUACGGUGAAAAUAACCGACUCCUCGAAGAAAGUUGGAGGCGGACCUGGUGGCAGUUAUAUGUCAUUGACGGACAUGUUGCCGGAAGUACCCACACUUUCCCAUUUAGAACAAGCCACAUACAGCCAACGACCGCUCUUCCGUGCGAGGAAGAACUUUACGAAAAGGGGGACAUUCCAAAGCCGAGAACCUUGUAUGAGUACGACAUGCGUGAGUUCGCAGAUGAUGAAGACCAAGAUUUCUCAUCAUUCGCGCAUCUUGUUGGCCUUACGCGUGGGCUAGACCUUGCCUUGUCUGGGCGCAGACCAAACAACCCAGACCCACCCAGUGUCGUAUGCUCUCGUGUAGACACCUGCAUGCGGGCGUGGUGUUCGCUUAUACCUCCAAAGAAACGCUGUCUUGCCCGUGAAGACGGUACCAUUGACGAACAGCUAUUUAAAGCAAACAUGCUGGUACAUACAUAUAUCGUUGAUCUGCACCGUGAGCUAUCAAGUUUGUCCUACAGCCCGAUCGAGUCCGUGUCAAGAUGUGCCCCACCAGCACCCGCAGAUGCCAACAACCCAAACAAAACUCCGAAGGAUGUUCAGAUACACACCUCUAAGGUUUUGCUUGCGGUGGAUAAAUUCAACGAUCUACUCACUCUCCCCACAACCAUCAUAUCACAUACUCCCUUCGUCAUUUGCAUGAUUGCAAACACAACCAUCGCCCAUCUCUCGGCUUGCAAGCAUCUCUACCGUGAUAAGACUCUUCAGAUAGAACGAGAGCGUAUCCGGCUGAACAUGGGCGCUCUUAAGACCCUUAGCAUGUACUGGCCACUAGGGAAACGGACGUACCGCGAGAUGGCGACUAUAGCCCGUGACAUCCUGUCCCUCACCGAUAGAGAUAUCAGCCCUAUAAGUAACUCGGACAGAGCAGCGGUCAGAUCACUAGACGCUUCACCACCAACAAUACAAUCCACUCCCCCACCUCCUCAACCUCCUCCCGUUGCUGCUCCUACUCCUGUCCCUGCUACUACUCCUACUAUUGCCGCCACUCAACCUCCUAGCACAGCACCUACUAACCCCAUUAUUCACAACCAUCAUGGCCAACAAACAUCAAUGGUGCCAAACACCACCUCACACGGCGUAAUAAUGCCACAAGCCCAUCCAGCUUCCUAUCCUGAUGUCUUAUCUUUCGAUUUCAACGGUAUCUUUGAUAUUGGUGACUUGUUUGACAAAUCCAUGACUUACGAUUAUUCUGUAUUGUCACUUCCCUCGUCCGUGACACAGAAUGUUUCUUGA